AAAAAAUGACAUGGACUAUAUAAGUAGCGGAUCUCUCUUCUCUUCUCUUCAUCUCAAUCAGAUCAGAAAAGAAUCAGGUUUUUAGGUUUCACAUUUAAAUCUCGUUUUCGAUCUCAGAGCAAAGCAAUGGCGGCUACAAGUGAGAAACAGAACACCACCAACGGCUCAAAGCCUCCUCCUCUGCCUUCUCCUCUUCGCAAUUCCAAGUUUCUCCAGUCGAACAUGAGGAUCUUGAUCUCGGGAGGGGCUGGGUUCAUUGGUUCUCACUUGGUUGAUAAGCUUAUGGAAAAUGAGAAGAAUGAGGUUGUUGUUGCUGAUAACUAUUUCACUGGCUCUAAAGAAAACCUCAAGAAGUGGAUUGGUCACCCAAGAUUUGAGCUUAUUCGUCACGAUGUUACGGAGCCUCUAUUGCUUGAAGUUGAUAGGAUUUACCAUCUUGCUUGUCCUGCUUCUCCUAUCUUCUACAAGUACAAUCCUGUUAAGACAAUCAAGACCAAUGUGAUGGGUACAAUGAACAUGCUUGGUCUUGCCAAGCGUGUUGGAGCAAGAAUUCUGCUCACAUCAACCUCGGAAGUGUAUGGAGACCCUCUCAUCCACCCUCAGCCAGAGAGCUACUGGGGAAACGUCAACCCUAUUGGUGUUCGGAGUUGCUAUGACGAAGGCAAGCGUGUAGCUGAGACAUUGAUGUUUGACUACCACAGGCAGCACGGCAUUGAAAUCCGCAUUGCUAGAAUCUUCAACACGUAUGGUCCUCGAAUGAACAUCGAUGACGGGCGUGUGGUGAGCAACUUCAUUGCUCAAGCACUUCGAGGUGAGGCAUUGACAGUUCAGAAACCAGGGACACAGACCCGCAGUUUCUGCUAUGUCUCCGACAUGGUGGAUGGCCUUAUCCGUCUCAUGGAAGGUGAUGAUACUGGUCCUAUCAACAUCGGUAACCCAGGUGAAUUCACAAUGGUGGAACUGGCUGAAACGGUUAAGGAGCUUAUUAACCCGAGCAUAGAGAUAAAGAUGGUGGAGAACACACCGGACGAUCCAAGACAGAGGAAGCCAGACAUAAGCAAGGCCAAAGAAGUUUUGGGUUGGGAGCCAAAGGUGAAGCUCAGAGAAGGACUUCCUCUCAUGGAAGAAGACUUCCGUCUAAGGCUUAACGUCCCCAAAAACUGAAAACGCAAACGCACAGGAGAACGCGUCUUGAUUUGAGGAGUUUGUCAGCUUCAUAUACUACAAAGUGGUGCUUUGGUUUCAUUUGUUUUUAUUGAUCUUUGCUUCUGUUGGUAGAAAAAUAAGUUGAGAUAUUUUUUUUUUGUUUUUUUUGUUUUAAUGAGGAACGACUCUUUUCGGGUUUUUGUUUUCAAUAUAU